AUGAAUUUAUUAAUAAGAUCGUUUAAGUUGCGAUUUAUCGCAAUAAUAGGAUUUAUUUUUAUUGGAAUUAUAUCGUUAGAAGCUAAACGACCAAGCGGACCAAUAGAAGAAGCAAUACAAAACGGUGAAUUGAAUAAUUAUAUAAAAGAAAAUUGUACUUGGAGACAUGGACACGAUAGAGAUUCUUGCCCGGAUCCGGAAAUUCGUGUUUAUUUGUAUACCCCAGGAAAUCCUAGAAGAGAACUCGAUUCAAGGGAAUCCGAUUGGCUUAGACACGAUUACGAACCUACAAGGGAAAAUAUUAUUCUUAUUCACGGAUAUGCAGGUGGCGAUAAUACAUUACCAAUCUCAGUGUUACGAGAUGCCUAUUUGAGGAACGGUAGUUACAAUAUUUUCUUAGUAGAUUGGGGAGCAUUAUCUGCAGCUCCCUGUUAUCCAGCAGCAGUAUCUAAUCUUCGUCCAGUAGCUCGUUGUUUAUCGAGAACACUGACGAUUUUAAGAAAUCUUGGUUUACCAAUUCAACGGACAACCUGCGUGGGACAUUCUUUAGGAGCUCAUAUAUGUGGUAUCAUGGCUAAUUAUCUUCUCUUUCGAAUGAAUCGAAUUAUUGGCUUGGACCCAGCCAAACCACUGAUUCGUUCAGGCCUAGUAAAUAAAUUGGACAGCGGUGAUGCCGAUUUCGUUGCAAUUAUACACACAAAUGCCGGUUUUUACGGUGAAUCUAAUCGUUUGGGUCACGCUGAUUUCUGUGUUAACGGUGGCAAAAUUCAACCCUUUUGCGAGGGUAAAGAAAACGAUAACCUUUGCAGUCAUGUUUGGUCCGUUUGUUUUAUGGCACAUAGUAUUGACAAUGAUGGUAGAAAUAUAAUAGCAGAAUCAUGCUCGCGUAGAUGUCCUUUUGGUCCGAAAAUUGCACAAAAAGCUGGCGUUUAUGUUACUAUGGGACAACAUACACCUAACGAUGUUAGAGGAUCGUUUUGUUUCAAUAAUUCAUUACAACCUUAUUGUCCAAAAUAUCAAAAUGGUCAUGGGGAUGAUAGAUGUUGUUUACCGCCGAAAAACUCUGAUAUUUCGUUUAAAAAGAAAAAUAAGAUCUCUGUUAAAUCACAAAAGGAUCCUGAUCGUUCAAAUUGA